GCGCCAGCGCGUUCAUUUCAGUUGAAUCCGCCGCGCGGGAAAUUUGUUUUGCGGGCAGAGGAUUAUCGGUACUACAGUAGGUAGUUGCCUUCCAGCUCGAUGAUCCGAUGAAGCCGCGUGCAACCGAGCCAACAAGCAAUUCAUGGCCGAGUCCUCUGACGGAGGAUGGAUUGACGGUUAAUUGACAGCAGCCAAAUGCUCCCAAUCCUGUUCCGAUAAGUGCCCUUAUGCGGCGAUGAAGAGAAGCCGGUUGGGGGUGGGCACGCCGUGGCGCCAGGUGCCAGCGGGCAGAAGUGCGGUGUGGUGGGGGAGAAGGGUGUAGAAGGCAGGCACGGGCGGCGAAGCGUGCAGUAGCAUCGCCUUAGCGCAAAUACAGGGGAGAGGAACGACAGGGCGACCAUGACGACUCCAGGGAAGCGCGAAUGUGGGGAAGGGGAGAAAGCCGUGGAAGCUGAUGGGAGCAAAGGGGUGGCUGGCGACGGCUGGCUUCAGCAUCCUGACAAGCCGUUUGUUGUAACCACAGACGCUUGCCAAUAUGGCAUAGGCGCGGUCCUUGCGCAACAGGAGGGUGACGUCAAGUCAGCAUGCCCCUUACAUCCUGGGCGACACACGUGCUACAAUGGCCGGGACAAAGAGUUGCAACCCUGCGAAGGCGAGCUAACCUCAAAAACCCGGUCUCAGUUCGGAUUGCAGGCUGCAACUCGCCUGCAUCAAGGCGGAAUCGCUACGACUGAUUAUCGUGGGCGGCUACUGGCAUUUACGGAAGCCGUAGCUGCCGUCGAGGCCCGGAAGGAGACAGCAGAGGCAGAACGUCAGCGGCUAGCCAAUGAAGCGGCARCCGAAGCUCAGCGAACGACUGAGACUGACGCAGAGACACGAGACAGACGGAAUGCCAGCAGCACGGAGUCCUUGAUUGCUUGUGAGCAUCAGUGGACGACGAUACUCCAAGGCAUGAUCUUUGUGCCUACGGAAGAGCAGGCAGACCCAACACCGGCAGAGGCAGAGAGAAGUAACCUGGCUAACUUGCCGCUGGGCAUGAUGAGAGGUAUUAUGUGGAAUAAUACACUGCUGCAUUCACAUCUGCGCACGGACGCGACGCAGCGACAAACAUACAAGAACGAUAUGACUGCGUUAACAACUGCUAUCCGCACAGAGGCAACGCAGCAGCAGCAACAACAUCAUCUGUUGAAUUCCACUAUCACACGCGUCAACAGCAUAGUGGCUAACGCCUCAGCAGCGCCAGGCUGCACGACAGACGUGACGAAGCAACUCAACGAGCGCAUCGAUCACGUCGUCACCAUCAUCGGCGACAUAAGUACUUUCAACGGACCAGACUCGAUCAGCAACACGGUGGCCGCCAUCAAGACGGACAUCACCAAGCUACAGACGAGACCGGAAGCCGCUACAAAGACGUUCAAGAUGCCGCACUUCGACAUCAACAAGUUCGACGAUUACAACAAGUCGGACGCCUUGUCAUGGUGGCAACGCUUCCUCACGGAAGCAUCAUGCCGCAUGGUCCCGGCGGACGACAUGUUGAAGGCACUAUAUUGGAGGAGCGCAGGGAUGGAUGAACCACCUAGCGGCUACACACAAGUGCACUAUCGCCGAACUCCACACGCACAUUACGUGGAAGGAGUUCGAGCAGCUAUGGUUCACCCGGUUCAUGGUCCGCAACGUCGUGAAGGCGGCCAUGAAUGAGGUGUACACAUGCUCUCAGGGGAACAUGCCAACUCGAGACUGGACAACGAAGUGGCAAAAGAUAGUGACCACAACAGGUUUCGACUUGACGUUUCCAAAUCAACGAUCCGAGUUCUU